AUGAUUUUUCAAACGCUUUUUGAGUAUCUGGACAUAAGCAGUUGGCUGCUGUUUGGUUUCCUGGCACUGCUGCUGACAGACGUAGCGCGAAACUGGCGGCCUGGAACUUUCCCACCAGGACCCUUGGCCCUACCUUUUCUUGGAAAUGUCUUUGCCGGAAUGGAUUAUAAAUCCAUAGAGAGACUGGCAAAGGACUACGGCCCUGUGUGCAGCUUGAGGAAAGGCAGCCAAAGGAUAGUGUUCGUUUCGGGGUACCGCAUGGUCAAAGAAGCACUCGUCAACCAACUGGACAGCUUCGCGGACCGGCCCAAAAUGCCGCUCUUUGAUGAAGUUUUUAAGGGCGCCGGGGUGGGGAUGAGCAAUGGUUACCCAUGGAAAAAGCACAGAAAGUUUAUGGUCAGCCACCUGCGCUACUUUGGAGAAGGCCAGCGUUCUUUGGAGAACUACAUCCGAGUGGAAUGCGGCUACCUGUGUGAUGCUUUCAAAGAAGAACAAGGUAAGCCGUUCAACCCUCAAUUCGCCCUAACCAACGCAGUCAGCAACGUCAUCGCCUCAGUGCUGUUUGGACACCGCUUUGAGUACAAUGACGGAAACUUCCGAAAGUUUCUUGAGUUGGACAAUGAGGCCAUCAUGCUCGCCGGAACUACAAUUGCACAGCUCUACAACGACUUCCCCUCACUCUUGAAGCGUCUGCCGGGUCCGCACCAAACGGUACUUGGCAAUUACAAGACGAUUGAGCUCUACCUGAUGGAAGAAGUGCGGAAGCACCAAGAGGAGUGGAACCCAGAGCAACCUAGAGACUUCAUUGACGUGUACCUCGCGGAGAUAGACAAGCUUAAGGAAGAUCCCUUGGCCUGCUUCAACAUCGAAAGUCUGAAAGUAUCCAUUCUAGAACUCUUGGAGGCCGGAACAGAAACAGUGGCCACUACCUUGCGCUGGGCUAUUGUGUACAUGAUGCACUAUCCAGAUAUCCAAAAGAAGGUCCAGGCGGAGAUCGAUAACGUGAUCGGACAAUCUCGCCCACCCGCCUUAGCCGACAGACCAGACAUGCACUACACCGAAGCCGUCAUGUACGAGACACAGAGGCUUGGCAACAUCGUGCCUUUGGGAUUCCCCAAAAUGGCCAGUAAGGAGGCCACACUUGGAGGAUACAUCAUACCAAAGGGUACAGCCAUAGUCACCGAUCUGACAUCCGUGCUUUUUGACAAAAACGAGUGGGCGACCCCGGACACGUUCAACCCUCAACACUUCCUGGAUUCAGAAGGCCACUUCCGUAGAAGAGAGGCAUUUCUGCCCUUUUCCGCAGGUAAGCGGGCAUGUUUGGGUGAGCAAUUGGCACGCAUGGAACUCUUCCUGUUCUUCACGGCACUCCUGCAACGCUUCACCUUCACUGCCGUACCUGGAGAGAUGCCCAGUAUGCAGGGAGUUCUGGGUUUCACGCAGUCCCCCAAAGUGUUUCGCUUCCUUGCCGUACCUCGCUGA